AUGGGAAAACUUGAAAAUGCUUCCUGGAUCCACGAUCCUCUCAUGAAAUACUUGAACAGCACAGAGGAGUACUUGGCCUACCUGUGUGGACCCAAGCGCAGUGAUCUAUCCCUUCCGGUGUCUGUGGCCUAUGCGCUGAUCUUCGUGGUAGGUGUGAUGGGCAAUCUUCUGGUGUGCCUGGUGAUUGUCCGACAUCAGACAUUGAAGACACCCACCAACUACUAUCUCUUCAGCUUGGCAGUCUCAGACCUACUGGUCCUGCUCUUAGGGAUGCCUCUGGAAGUCUAUGAGAUGUGGCACAAUUAUCCCUUCCUGUUUGGGCCGGUGGGAUGCUACUUCAAGACAGCCCUCUUCGAGACUGUGUGCUUUGCCUCCAUUCUCAGUGUCACCACGGUUAGCAUUGAGCGCUACGUGGCCAUCGUCCACCCGUUCCGAGCCAAGCUGGAGAGCACGCGGCGACGGGCCCUCAGGAUCCUCAGCCUAGUUUGGAGCUUCUCUGUGGUCUUUUCUUUGCCCAACACCAGCAUCCAUGGCAUCAAGUUCCAGCAGUUUCCCAACGGGUCCUCCGUGCCUGGCUCAGCCACCUGCACAGUCACCAAGCCCAUGUGGGUAUAUAACUUCAUCAUCCAAACCACCUCCUUCCUCUUCUACAUCCUCCCGAUGACCCUCAUCAGCGUCCUCUACUAUCUCAUGGGGCUCAGGCUAAAGAGAGAUGAAUCCCUUGAGGCAGACAGAGUGACUGUGAACAUUCACAGACCCUCCAGAAAAUCCGUCACCAAGAUGCUGUUUGUCUUGGUCCUCGUCUUUGCUAUUUGCUGGACCCCCUUCCAUGUGGACCGGCUCUUCUUCAGCUUCGUGGACGAGUGGACUGAGUCCCUGGCUGCUGUGUUCAACCUCAUCCAUGUCGUAUCAGGUGUCUUUUUCUAUCUGAGCUCCGCGGUCAACCCUAUUAUUUAUAACGUCCUGUCUCGACGCUUCCGAGCGGCCUUUCGGAAUGUCCUCUCUCCUUCCUGCAAAUGGUGUGGGCCCCAGCAUCGGCCACAGGGGCCUCCAGCCCAGAAGGUCAUCUUCUUGACAGAAUGCCACCUUGUAGAACUAACAGAGGAUGCGGGCCCCCAGUUCCCUUGUCAAUCAUCCAUCCACAGCACCCACCUUACCACCGUCCCCUGUGCUGAAGAGGUACCAUGA